AUGGCUACCACUUUGAAACCAGAAACUUUACAAAAGAAAGAAAAAGCUCAACAAAAAACUGCUGAAGAAAGAGCUGCUGCCAAGAAGGUCAGAAAAGCUGCCAACAAAGAAAAGAGAAAGGUUAUCUUUGACAGAGCUGCUGCUUACCAAAAGGAAUACACUGAAGCUGAAAGAUCUGUCAUCAAGGCCAAGAGAGAUGCUAAAGCUUCUAACUCUUACUACGUUGAUGCUCAACCAAAAUUGGUUUUCGUUGUCAGAAUCAAGGGUAUUAACAAGAUUCCACCAAAGCCAAGAAAGGUUUUGCAAUUAUUAAGAUUGACCCAAAUUAAUGCUGGUGUUUUCGUCAGAUUGACCAAAGCCACCUCUGAAUUGAUCAAAUUGGCUGAACCAUACGUUGCUUACGGUUACCCAUCUUUGUCUACCAUCAGACAAUUGGUCUACAAGAGAGGUUUCGGUAAGGUCAACAAGCAAAGAAUUGCUUUAUCUGACAAUGCCAUUAUUGAAGCUAACUUGGGUAAAUUCAACAUCUUGUCUAUUGAAGAUUUGAUUCACGAAAUUUACACUGUUGGUCCAAACUUCAAGCAAGUCAACAACUUCUUGUGGCCAUUCAAAUUAUCCAAUCCAAACGGUGGUUUCAGAGCCAGAAAAUUCCAACACUUUAUCCAAGGUGGUGACACCGGUAACAGAGAAGAAUUCAUUAACGCUUUAGUUAAACAAAUGAACUAA